AUGGCUGCUCUUCCACCCAUUGCGCGCUUAUCCAUUGCACCUAUGAUGGACUGGACAGACCGCCACUACCGCUUUAUGAUGCGCAUGAUUACGAAGGAGACACUGCUGUACACUGAAAUGGUGGUGGACCAGACUCUGCUGCACCAAAAGAAGAACCUCGAUUACUUCCUGGGCCAUGACCCCGUCGAAGCACCACUGGCACUGCAGCUCGGUGGCAAUAACGUCGAAGAUCUCGGUGCUGCGGCGUAUCUGAGCCAGUCGUACGGUGGUUUUUGCGAGAUUAACCUAAAUACUGGCUGUCCUAGUGCGCUCGUAUCCAGUCGCUGUUUUGGAGCCCGCCUUAUGCUGGAACCAGAGCGUGUGCGGGAUAUAUGCAUUAGUAUGCGACGCAACAUCGCGUUGGCAGCGGAGAAGAACUCAGACCAACCGGUAGCGGAGGUGACGGUGAAGUGCCGCAUUGGCGUGGACGACUGCGAUAGCUACGAGGAUCUGCACCAUUACGUAGCUUCUGUUGCUAACGCUGGCGUGCGUCACAUCAUUGUGCACGCUCGCAAGUGUCAUCUUAAAGGAUUGAGUACAAAGGACAACCGGACCAUUCCCCCGCUCCGGUAUGAGAUCGUGGACCGGCUUAAGCAAGACUUUCCUGAUUUGCUGUUCACGCUCAAUGGUGGUGUACAAAGCAUUCAGCACGCACGAGAUCUUUUGGACACUACAAAUAUAGAUGGCGUGAUGAUUGGACGAGCGGCGUAUAACACGCCAUGGAAUUUUCGUGACGCUGACCGCUUGAUUUUUAACGCCAAGCGCAACCCAAAUCUGUCACGCCGAGAGAUUAUUAAACGGUAUCUCGAAUACGCCGAGGAUCUACAAGCGACAUGGGGGUCCACUGAACCACUAGGGGACUGCCCUUACACAAUGGCCACAUCUGCACUAAUGAAGCCGCUAUUGGCACUUUUCAAUGGUGAGUAUAAGGGGAGGGCGUUUAAGCGUGAGAUAUCAGAUCAAUGGAUAAGAAAGAACCCACGUCCACAACUGCGGGAGAUGGUUGAAAACGCCAUGAAGGUAUUACCCGACGAGGUGCUGGAUGCGAGAGUUGAAGAUGAGCUCUUUCAUCAACACUCUGAUGGGACAGGCGAUGAGCGAGCAUUAAGUUGCAGCUAG